GCCGAGCGCGGCGCAACGGAAAGCUGCUUUUGGCGGCUGUUGGUUGGCAUCGCCCUAAUAGGACCUGUGUGACAGGAGUCGCAUCGGCUGCUGGGGGAAAUUGGUCGCAUGCAUUUGGUAACAUCUUAAGGAAAUUCACAAUUUAAUGAUUUUUAAAGGCUAUUGAAGAAUAUACAAGUAAGAAAAAAAUGGAUGAAGAACCUGAAAGAACUAAGAGAUGGGAAGGAGGCUAUGAAAGAACAUGGGAGAUUCUUAAAGAAGAUGAAUCAGGAUCACUUAAAGCUACAAUUGAAGACAUUCUCUUCAAAGCAAAGAGAAAAAGAGUAUUUGUGCAUCAUGGGCAAGUUCGACUUGGAAUGAUGCGCCAUCUUUAUGUGGUAGUAGAUGGAUCAAGAACAAUGGAAGACCAAGAUUUAAAGCCAAAUAGACUGACAUGUACUUUAAAGUUAUUGGAAUACUUUGUAGAGGAAUAUUUUGAUCAAAAUCCUAUUAGCCAGAUUGGGAUCAUUGUAACAAAGAGUAAAAGAGCUGAAAAACUGACAGAACUCUCAGGAAAUCCAAGGAAGCAUAUAAUGUCUUUGAAGAAAGCAGUGGAUAUGACCUGCCACGGAGAACCAUCUCUUUAUAACUCCUUAAGCAUGGCUAUGCAAACCCUGAAACACAUGCCUGGACAUACAAGUAGAGAAGUUCUAAUCAUCUUUAGCAGCCUUACAACUUGUGAUCCAUCUAAUAUCUACGAUCUCAUAAAGACCCUAAAGGCAACUAAAAUCAGAGUGUCAAUCAUUGGAUUGUCUGCAGAAGUUCGGGUUUGCACUGUACUUGCUCGUGAAACUGGUGGCACAUACCAUGUUAUUUUAGAUGAAAGCCAUUAUAAAGAGUUGCUAACACAUCAUGUUAGUCCUCCUCCUGCAAGCUCGAGUUCUGAAUGCUCACUUAUUCGUAUGGGAUUUCCUCAGCACACCAUUGCCUCUCUGUCUGAUCAAGAUGCCAAACCCUCUUUCAGCAUGGCGCAUUUGGACAGCAGCUCUGAGCCGGGACUCACCUUAGGAGGCUAUUUCUGCCCCCAGUGUCGGGCAAAGUACUGCGAGCUUCCCGUUGAAUGUAAAAUCUGUGGCCUCACCCUGGUGUCCGCUCCCCACUUGGCUCGGUCCUACCAUCAUUUAUUUCCCUUGGAUGCUUUUCAAGAAACUCCCCUAGAAGAGCAUAAUGGAGAAAGAUUUUGUUUUGGAUGUCAGGGGGAGCUGAAAGACCAACAUGUCUACCUCUGUACUGUGUGCCGGAAUGUUUUCUGUGCAGACUGUGAUAUUUUUGUUCAUGAUUCUCUCCAUUGCUGCCCUGGAUGUAUUCAUAAGGUUCCAACAUCCUCAGGUAUUUGAUUACAGCAUCUCGGACGCAUUGUGUGUGUGUGUUAAAAAAAAAAUGCGCGAACUAUAAAUAAACUGCUUCUUUAGGAGACGUUACAAUUAAAAUGAAGAAUAAUUUGAAAGGAGAAUCUGAUUUAAGAAGCUUUUUGCUAAGGAAAUAAAUUAUUGAAUUUUAAAAUGUUCUGUCCUUCCCAGAAAUGCCGGGAACUCAGUAACACUUCCCAGUCAUAUUGUGUUUAAUUAUCAUAUAAUGAUUAAAUCGAUGUGAUCAGUGGCUGGAGCAAUAGUACAGCGGGUGGGGCACUUACAUUGCAUGCGGCUGGCCCAGAUUCAAUCCCCACAUCCCAUAUGGUUUCCCUACCCCUGCCAGGAGUAAUUCUUGAAUACCAAGCCAGAAGUAACCCCUGAGUAUCUCAGAAUGUGGCCCAAAAACAAAAUAAAUGAAUAAAAGAUUAAGUUGAUAUGAUUAAUUUGUUGCUUUAAAAUUCAGGUAAGGGCAGGAGUGAUAGUACCAAUAGUCAGGGCAGUUGCCUUGCACACAGUUGCCUUGACCUGGGUCCGAUCCCUAAUACCCAUUAUGUCCCCUGAGCUCCACCAGGAGUGACCCCUAAGCUCAGAGACAGGAGUAAACCCUGGGCACUGCGAGGUGUCACCCAAAAACCAAAAAAAAAAUUUAAUAAAAAAAAAUGGGGGCCGGAGAAAUAGUACAGCAAGUAGGGCACUUGCCUUUCAUUGGUGAACUCAGGUUUAAUCUUUGGCAUCCCAUAUGGGUCCCCUGAGCACUGUUAGGAAGUGGUGACUGAGUGCAGAGCCAGGAGUUACCUUGAGCACUCCUGGAUGUAGUCCAAAAAACAAAAGUAAAAUCAAGUAAGUUCAGAUCUUAGACAUUUAUUUUUAGUUGAAAAAUAAAAUCAAGUCUAGAACCAGAGAGAUAAUACAAAGGUGAAGGCCUUGCCUAGCAGGAGACUGCACCUUGGCUGUGGUUCACGUCUUAGCACUGCAUAUGGUAUCCUGAGCGCUGCCUGGCGUGAUUCCUGAGCUCAGCCAGGCUGCCCCCCAUCACCAAAAAGAAAAAGGUGUAAAUUCAGUGCAAGGUGUAAAGUAAUACAUAAGAAAUUAUAUAUCGAAAUCCCAGCAAAUCCUUCUAGAUUGGCUAAUCAACUAGAAUAUUAAUUAUAAAAGUAUUAUUUGUAACUAUGACCAGUGGGUUUUCUGCCCCCCCCCCCAGUUUGUUUUAUGUAUUCAGUUUGGGGGUCUGCACCCAGCAGUGCUCAGGGGAGCACCACCAGCUCCGUGCUGGGACACUCCCAGUGGUGCUUAGGGGACCGAGCAGGGCCCAGUUGGAGCCCACGCUUCUGGCACGCAGAGCAUGUGCUUCGACUGCUUGAGCCGUCUCUGGAGGUUCUGAGUUUAAAUGCUCAAGUUCAGAAGGUGACCAGGGCCACACCUGGUUGUAGUUUCCUGGGAGGGCUGUUGGACAGGACCAGUGGGUGUCAGCAUCCAGCCACCCUCCUUUGCUCUCGAGGGCUGUGCUGCGGCUCACCAGUACAGAGCAGGUAUGAGGCUACGAGAUUCCCCCACAGCCUGCAGGAAAGGUAAGUCUGUCUCCUGUAACAAUCUAGGUGCUAAGGAACCCAGAUACUUCACUAGGUUAAAAUAUGUUCUCCCCAUUGCAUUGCCAGGGAUCGAACCCAGGGCUCGUGCACACCUGGCCUACCUUUACCAGGACCACAUCCCUGGUCCUGGAAACAUUUGCCCUCUGGGUAACCGGGUCACCGCUGCCUGCCUUCCCCUACUUUGGCAACCGUGUGUAUCAGUGCUUCAGCCCAGGCAUCUCGCUGAGAAAGGUUCUGCAUGGUCACCCUUGAGUUGGUGCUAGUAGAAAUGCACCUUUGAUGUCUUUGGGCUACUCUGGCUCUGUGCAUUCGGGUUUCUUUGGGUGCCUUGUUUCUGGGGGGCCACACCCAGCAGUGCUGGGGGAAUGACUCAUGCUGUGUGCUCAAGGGGUGCUUCUGGCUGAGCUCAGGGACCUCGAGGUGCCAGGGACUGAACCGGCCAUGUAGUAUGCAAAGCCAGUGCUCUGUCCACUGAGCUCACUCUGGCCCAACUUUUGGGUUUCCGUUGCACGCUUUUAAGAAGUCCAAGUAAAUAUUUUUUGUUACACUUAGGGAGGAAUUUCUUUUUCUCACUAUUAUAGAGAAAAUCCUGUUUUGUUCAAGACUGUAGAAACAGAAAUGGUCAUCUAAGACUGUAGUUCUUGCCUUUCAUUUCUCUCUUGGAGAGCCACAAUGUAAUGCAAAACCUAACAUUUGAGAUCUUUCUGAUAGUAUGAGUGAGUCCUGCUGUUUGAUUUAUUUGAGAACUUUUUUAUACCUAAACUCAUGAAAAUGAUUGUGGUUCUUUUGAAUGUGUGUGUAUAUAUAUAUAUAUAUGUAUAUGUAUACUUUAACCUCAUUUUUAUUUGGCUCAACAGUCUGCCAUCUAACUAUAAUUUUCACUUAUAUUUGAUGUAUAUUUGGGUUUAAACCUAUGAGAAGUGAUUAGCUGAGAAGCAUGUGAGUUCUGUAUUUGAAUGCCAAUGUGUGACCCCUGCCCUCCCCAUAUCCAAGUUCACGUCAUACUCAAAACCCUGACAUAUCAGAAUGGUGCGGCGGGGGGGGGGGGGGGGGACACAGAGCCUCCGCUGCCCAGAAUUCAGGUAAAAAGAAGAACUGGUGAAAGAAGAAUUUGGUAAGAUUUUGUAACAUCCUCCUGCUGGGGUCCUGUCCAUGUAUGGAGAUAGAGCGGUCACUCGUGGCAGGCCAGUCAUGCAGGAGCUGAUGGCCAGCAGGAGGGUCACUGGCCCCAGGGCUCAGGAGAAAAGGGAAGUUGGAGAAAGCAAAUAGUUCAUUGCCACGCUUCUGGGAUAUGGCUUUACUUUUAGAUCAACGGUUCUGUAAGCAUCAAAUAUUUGUUUUUCUUUCCACCUUCUCUAAUCCUGUACAUGAGUAUAUUUUGUAUAUGUACCCAGAAUUUCUUUCUUUUCCUCUUCUUUGUUGUGGGAGAUUGACCCCAGGACCUCACAGAUGCGAGGUGUGUGUUUUACUUGCUUAAUCAUCUCCCUGCCCUGCACGUAGAACCUUAAGGAAAAAAAAAAAAAAGAAAGUUAUUGGACAAGAGAUGCAGGAGCAUGUGUCGUCUCAUACCAUGGGGUCCUGGGGUCCAUCUCUGGCACUAUAGACACACACAAACUCUAAUUUGUUGAGCUGUGAUUUACGUAUUAUAAAAUGCUUCUAUUUUAAGUGACCGGAUCAGUGCCUUUUGACAAAAGUGUAUACCCAGGCUACGACCAUCUUAGCAGAGAGGGAGCAUUUCUGUCAGGCCUGCCAGCCUUUUGAUUCUACACUCCCCAGGACGUCUAGCAGAGGAGCCCCUGAUGCUUGUCCUAGCACAGUAGAUUGCUGUUGCUGUUGUCCCUGAUGAAUUGAAUCCCACAGACAAAAAGCUUUGCUGUCUUUGAGGUUCAUCCACAUGGUGUCUCUGAUAGUCUGUAUCUUUUUACUGCAUACAGACAUUCUGUUGUGCAGUUGUAUGGAUACUUUGUGUAUUAUCUGUUUAUUCCCAGGUUGCCUCUGUUCUUUGGAUUGUUACAAAUAAAAUCCUUUCUGAGUGUUUCCUUU